GCUCUGACACGAGUGGUAGACCGCCACCGAUCGCCACUGACGACGAUUCACAGUCCGCGUCCACCUUCCGCGUUCCGCACAGCGUUUUAACAUACAUAUACAUAUAGGUAAUAUUUUAAUAUAAUAUAUCAUCGCCGUCAUAUCGUUAUACCGCGUACAGGCGGUGUUGUAUUACACACGUCCGCCAGCUCUCCGGAUAAUAUAAAAUAUAAUAAUAAUAUAAUAUAUCUAUAGUAAUUAAAAAUCGAGAUAGCGCGCGCCCGUUAAUAAUAAACAACAUAUUGUUAUCAUACGCCGAUAAAUAAACGAUUAACGAAGUAAAAGAAACCGUUUCGAUCGGUCCGGACCGGAUCAGUUCGACGUCAUCACGCUUGCGACGCGCUACUGCUGCUGUAACGCCGCGCGACCGACCGAGUUAACUGUGUGCCGAUCGUAGAACGUUUCGAGUUUGUUUUCGCCGUUUUUUUUUGAUUUUCAUUUUUUUCUACCCUCGUCGCCGCCAAUUUGCUUCGAUUUUUCUGUUUUUUUUUUUUUUUUUUUUUUUAUUGUCCGGUUGUCGUCGAUUUUCGUGUUUUCACCGUUCAAUUCUCCGCGUGGCCGCCGGACGCGCAGUGAGAUGCGCCAAGUCUAUUUCCACACAGCGAUGCAAGUGAAAGGUAAAAUCGCACUCCCGGUUCUUCAGUAGUCCCUGUAUCGCACUGCCAUUGUAAUUUCGCGUUCGAGCACCAAGAAAUCAUCGUCUCCCGUUCCUGUCACCAUGGCUAUCAAACCCUACAGGAGAUCGACUAGAGAGGAAAAUGGCCGUCGAUUCGGAUCUUGCGUCGAGAAGAGACCGUGCGGGUUUGAAGCGGCUUGUCGGCAAUUGGACAACAAUUAUUAUUUCUGCAUAUGUCCACAAGAUUUGAGUGAGCCCACCGAAGACCUGAAAUGUCUCACGAGAAAGACAGUGCCAGUGGCUCCGAAAUCGUUUGUAAACUUGAGCAUCAACAAAAACGAACAUAAACUAUUAGAAACAAUGAUUCAUCCGUACACGACCACCAUUCAUCCACUCAAGACCGCAAUAAACUUUACGACACCGUAUACUCCUCCCGCCAGGGUGUCGGACGUCGGCGUGAUAAAUUAUAAUUUUAAAACGGAAGGGAUGAUAGUGACGACGAUGCCGAUAUCAGGGUUCGUGUUGUCGGCGUUGGUGAUGUUCAUUUGGUGGACUCGUAAGUCGAAACGCUGUUGCAAGAGGAAGAGAGUCGUCAACAACUCGCCCGUGGUGUCCCUGAUAAGAGGAGUGAUCCAGGAAGACAGCUACGCGAUGAACCCGCAAUACGCCGCGCCCUCGCCCGUUGCUCAAGACACUAUUCUCAUACCGUAUCUGAGUAAGACCUGUAUAUCGUCGAUGGUGGAGAUCGGACAAGGAUUUUUCGGAAAAGUUUACAAAGGUGUCCUCCAACAAACCGACGGCAAGUACGAAACGGUCGCCAUAAAAGUGCUGAAGGAUCACACCAACUCGGAGGCCAAAGAAGACUUUAUGAGGGAAGUAGAGAUAAUGACAUACUUCAGGCAUCCAAAUAUCUUGACACUGAUCGGAGUCUGUCCCCAAGAAGAAAAAUGUUCACCGUGGAUGGUAUUCGAGUUCAUGGCGUAUGGAGAUUUAACUGAAGUAUUGAGAAACAGCAGUGACCAAUUUUCAAAUUAUUCUGAACAUUUGCCGGUUUUGGAUAAAGAAGCGUUGUUGGUGAUAUCCUUACAAAUAUCGGCGGGCAUGAAGUACUUGGCGAGUCAACGGUUCGUCCACAGAGACUUGGCGUGUAGAAAUUGUUUAGUCGGCAGCGAUCUGACUGUGAAAAUCGCCGAUUUUGGAAUGAGCCGGGACAUUUACACCUGCGACUAUUACAAAGUCGGAGGAUCCCGAUUGCUUCCCGUGAGGUGGAUGUCACCGGAGAGCGUCGUUUAUGGGAAAUUCACGUUGGAAUCAGACGUGUGGUCAUUCGGUGUCGUGUUGUGGGAAAUCUAUUCACUGGGAAAACAGCCGUAUUACGGUUAUUCGAAUGACGAGGUUUUAAAGUUGAUUCACGAUGGCGUGUUAUUGGACAUACCGCUGAACUGUCCUCCGGUCAUAUGCGUGUUGAUGAACGGAUGUUGGAAAAGUGACCCCAAAGAACGUUUGAGAUUCAUCGACAUUCACGAGCGUUUGAAAAACGUCACCAAACGCCCCGAACUGGACAGUCCGUUGCCCAGGCCACCCACCUUGCCGGUGAUCGUCGAUCAUCUGAGCUUGAGAAAAAUGCCUUCCGAAGAACUUUUGGACGUCGACGAUUACCUGCAGCCCGACGAACAAUGCGUCCCUGUAGAUUACAUUAUGCCAUAUCCUGCAUAAACUUUUGAAUUGUUCCUUUUGCUAUAAUAAUAUUAUAUUAUAUUAUCACGCAAGUCUCUUAUACUCAAUAAGUAUAAGAUUUCGAUAAAGUAAGUUUUUAGAUAUAAAUACAUUGGUUAUACUGUUUUAUAACAUUUAUUUACAUUUUUUUUUUAUACAUACAUAUUAUUCAUUUAUUGGAGUUUUUUUUUUUUUUUUUUUUUGAUUUAGUAUAUUUUCGAUGUAUAACAGUUUUAAACCGAUUUUUAUAAGUAAAAUGUAAUGUAAUUUAAUGACUUUGAACAUCAUUAGUAUAGUGUAUAGACAUUAUCGUUGAUGACAUAUUAUGUUGUAGGUAUUGUAAUCUUAAGAAACACAUCAUGUAAUGUAUUUUUAAAUAUUAAUUAUUUUCACAGCAAUUAAUAAUGUUUAGUAAUCAGUAGUAGCCGUAACAAUUAUUAGGUAGUGAACUGCGCAUAUUACUUACUGUUAUUAAACAAUAACAAUAAUAAACUAGAAUAACACUAAUAAUUGGCAUUUACGUAAUAAGCGAUUUUUAUUUUAUAUUUAAUUUAGUCUUCAGCAAUUUUGUAUUGUAUAAAUUAUAAUAUCAUAGCAUCCAUAAUAGCGUAUAAUAAAAUACAACUGUGCAGUAACAUUACAUUGAUUUUGUACCAGUUACAUAAUAGUUAUUAUACCUAUCUUGAUUUUGUUGAAUCAUUAUAUUAUAACAUGAAUCAUCUAUUAAUUAGCUUAAAAUCAAAUAAAUCAUCUAUUAUAAUCAGCUUAAAAUCAAAUAAAUCAUUUUUGUAUUUAUUA